CAUAAACGGCAUCGUCCACAUCCCCCUUUAAGCACAGAGGUCCUUCCUGCAAAGGCUUGACAAUGGAAGCUCCUGGCUUACUCUUUUUCUGGUUAGUGACCUGCUUGGCUUCUCCAGGGGAAGGACAACGCCAACAGUUGAAAUCCAUGCGAUGUGACCGAAAAUUUACAUUUACACGGAAUACACCUUGUACUUCCUGUGCUUUGGGUGCCAGAGUACCAUGCCCAAAUGGAUGGGCAAAAGCAACCCUGGUGCAAGAGAAGUGCAGGUAUACACUAAAGCUGAUGGAGACUACCCUUUCCUUGUCAGGUUGCACUCGUGUGUGUAAGAAGGAAAUCGAUGAUAGGCAAUGCUGUCCUGGGUUCUGGGGUUCUGAGUGCUAUGAAUGCCCUGGUGGAUCUAAAAAUGCAUGUAAUGGCCAUGGGACCUGUUUGGAUGGCAUAACGCAGAAUGGAACGUGCACCUGUAAGGAGAAGUAUGGCGGUUACGCAUGUCAAGAUUGCCAGGAUGAGACUCAUUUUGGCCCUGAUUGUCAAUAUGUCUGUGAGUGUCAGCAUGGAAUCUGCAACCAUGGUCCUUCAGGUGAUGGAAGCUGUAUAUGCUACGCCGGCUACACUGGCCCAAAGUGUGACCAAGAACUGUCCAGCUGCGGAGGUGUACUCUGUGGAGCCAACUCCCUUUGUGUGAUGAAGUAUGGGCAGGCAAGUUGUGAAUGUAUGCCAGGGUUCAAGAAAUUGGGGGCGGACUGUCAAGCUCAGGAUCCCUGCAGCUCCUUCCCGUGCUCUGCAUUUGCUGAUUGCAAGGCUCUUGGGCAGAUCAAGUAUGAGUGUAUUUGUGCAGAGGGGUACCAAGGAGAUGGCCGGAUAUGCCAACCCAUAAAUCCAUGUCUCAAUAAUAAUGGAGGCUGCCCUGAAAAUUCCACCACCUGUUCGUUCCUAAGUCCAGGAAAGUCAUCGUGCAGAUGUAAGCCAGGAAUGAAUUUCCGUUCUGUUGCUAGAAUGCGAAUGGACGACAGAAUGGGUUGCUCAUCCAUCACAAGUAGCUGUACUGUGAACAUGUGUGACAGAUCUUCAAUGUGUAAAGUGGACAACGAUGGGAAUGGCAUUUGUGUCUGCCAAGAUGGAGAGAUUGGGGAUGGCAGACGCUGCUACUCAACCAUCGCGCGUGAGAUCACUCAGCUCCGUGUACAAUCAAGAUUUGGUGGGCAAUUGAGGAUCGGACAAAAAUUAUUUGAUUUGGGUUGUUCAUUAAUCCUGAACAAAUAUGGGCCUUUCACAGUGCUUUUUCCAGCGGUUCAUUUCGGUUUCACUAACUUCAACACUUCAUAUGCAGAGAAUUUAUGUAAAACACACAUAAUACCUGGGCAGCAUUUGUGGGAUGAUUUGGUCAAAACCAAAGUCCUGUGGACAUUAUCUGGACACAAAGUGAUAUUCACUGCUCAGCACUACACAUAUUCAGAUGCCCCAGAAGUCUAUUUUGUCAUGGAAAAAGGUAUACCAGCUGCUAAUGGAAUUAUACACCUUGUCAACAAAAUGAGGAAAAUACCCACCUUGGACACCUUUGGAAAUGAAAAGAAAACAGUUGCAGAGAUUCUUGCUUCAGUGGAGAUUGCCAGCCGAUUUGAAACCAUCUUGGAAAACUGUGAUCUGCCUUCAGUUCUGGAUGGCCCUGGACCUUUCACUGUGUUUGUACCAAGUAAUGAAGCUGUGGAUAAAUUAAGAGAUGGAAGGCUAAUUUAUCUCUUCACAGAGGGAAUAAACAAGCUUCAGGAACUUGUGAAACAUCAUAUCUUCCCAACCGGAGCGGUGAAAGUGGAAAAACUGAUAACGAUGCAGCAUAUUCUGACCAUGGCAAAUCAGAUAUUAACAAUCCGUAUUGCUGAUGAUGGAAGAAUUCUGAUGGGUGACUCUGCUGUUGCCUUAAGCAAAACAAAUAUUUUGGCAUCAAAUGGUAUCAUUCAUAUGUUGGAUGGCAUCUUCAUUCCUCCGUCAAUAAUCCCCAUUCUGCCACACCGAUGCAAUGAACAGCAUUAUAAAGUUGUAAAGGGAUCUUGUGUUGAUUGUGAUACCUUUAAUACCAGUGUUUGCCCACCUCAAAGCAAGGUUUUGGAGCAUGAGUCCUUCCCAGUGGAGUGUGUUUACAUCCAUGAUCCGUUAGGCUUGAACGUUAUGAAGAAGGGUUGCCAAAGGAGCUGUAACCAAACUGUUGUGACAUCUGGAUGCUGCAAAGGGUUCUUUGGUCCCUCCUGCACCCCGUGUCCUGGUGGAUUUACCAAUUCAUGCUAUGGCAGAGGAAAUUGCUCUGAUGGGAUUCGAGGGAAUGGCCAGUGCCGCUGCUUUCAGGGUUUCAAAGGAGCUGCCUGCCACAUCUGUUCAAACCCAAACAAGCAUGGGCAGAACUGUGAUGAAGAUUGUGGUUGCGUCCAUGGAAUUUGUGACAACAGACCUGGAAGCAGAGGGGUGUGCCAGGCUAGGACGUGUAAGGCUGGAUACACUGGGGAAUUCUGUGAUAAGACCAAUCAGAACUGCGGACCUGUGGGUGCCUCUGUCUACUGCCAUCUGAAUGCAGUCUGCAGUGAGAAUGGCACUGCAAGGUGCAUCUGCCUCGAUGGGUAUGAAGGAGAUGGGUUUUCCUGCAAGCCCAUUGAUGUCUGCAGUGAUCCAGAACAAGCAGGAUGUUCAGAAAAUGCCAUGUGUACCACAACAGGGCUGGGUACAGCAACCUGCCAGUGCAACAGGGGUUGGACUGGGGAUGGAAAGGCCUGUGUCCCCAUUGACAACUGUGCAACGGAGACCAGAGGAGGCUGCCAUGUCAAUGCUGACUGCAAUUAUGUUGGGCCUGGCCAGAGCAGUUGUAUGUGCAAGCGAGGCUAUGAUGGCGAUGGUUACAACUGUGACCCCAUUGAUCCUUGCUUGACUGACAAUGGGGGCUGCCAUGAAUUGGCUGUGUGUGAGACUGUUAGUCCUGGGGAGAAGGCUUGCCGUUGCUCUGAAGGAUACAUGGGAGAUGGAAUUCUAUGUUAUGGUGAUGUAAUGAAGGAAUUAGCAAGGAACUACCACUUUUCUACCUUCUAUGGAUGGAUUAAGAAAUCCCUCUUCAGCAUCCCACCAGGAGCCAAUGUGACAGUUCUGGUACCAUUGAAGACAGCCAUCCAAAACCUGAGCAAGGCUGAAAAAGAUUUCUGGCUAGAACCCGACAUGCUACCAACUCUCGUCAGGGCACACUUCCUCCAGGGUUCUUUCAUGACUGAGCAACUGAAGAAAUAUGUCGGCCAGGAACUAUCCACCCUCAACCCACAGACCAGGUGGAGAAUAAGCAACAGCAGUGGGGCUGUGACCAUUCAGAAUGCAAGCAUUAUAUUGGGUGACAUCCCUGCUAUUAACAGCACUAUUUAUAUCAUCAAUAAGGUUUUACUACCAACAUCAGAAGGCAUCCCGCCAAGUGUUCUAGAUCUGCAACAGCAACUUAAUGCAACACCCUCCUUCAGUAGGUUUAAGGAGCUGCUAGAGCAAUACCAGUUGAUUGAAGAGAUUGAAUCAUCAAAAAAGUAUACCAUUUUUGUCCCAAGAAAUAAUUCAGUUGAGAAAUAUUGCCAAGCAUCUAAUAUUACACAACUGGAUAAGGAGACUGUACAGUACCAUGUCAUACUUGGAGAUAAACUGUUACCCAAAGACCUGAAGAAUGGAAUUCACAAAAGCACAAUGUUAGGAUUCUCCUAUUGGCUGAUGCUUUCUAAGAACACUAAUCAGACUUACAUCAACAAAGUCCUUCUGGAUGGUCCAUUUGUUGAAACAAGAAAUGGGAUGUUGAUCGGGGUUUCUGAAGUUCUACAAAUUCUCAAAAAUCGUUGUAAUACCAAUACCACAACAGUAGAAAAGUCAAGAUGUGCUAAGUGCGACAAAAAGAUCAAGUGCCCACGAGGAUCAGUGAUUCCAGAAACACAAGGGAGAGGGACCCUUCCUCAUUGUGUAUAUAAGUCUGGAGACAAGAAAUUUGUCGGCUGUUAUUUCACUUGCGUCAAAGUUUCCUUGGUCUCUAUCUGCUGUCCAGGUUACUACGGCCAUAUGUGUGAGAUGUGCCCAGGAAAAUCAGGCAGCUGGUGUUCCGGAAAUGGGGAGUGCCAAGAUGGCAUCGAUGGCAGUGGAGAGUGCCAGUGCCGAGAAGGUUUCCAUGGCACUGCUUGCGAAAUGUGUCAGCCUGGAAGAUAUGGAGCCAACUGCAGCCUGGAAUGCAAUUGCCAGAAUAAAUACAUAUGCAAUGAUGGGCUGCUAGGGGACGGAAGCUGCAGCUGUGCCACAGGCUUUAAAGGGGCCCUUUGUGACAAAGUAGUUGGAAAGGAUUUCUGCAAUUCCACCUGUCACGCUGAAGCCAAUUGCGUCAAUGACACUACCACUUCCCAACCCACUUGCUUGUGUGCUGCUGGAUAUACUGGAAAUGGAACCCAUUGUACAGAAAUAGAUCUUUGUGCAGUGGGUAAUGGGGACUGCUCCAAACACGCCUCCUGUGCUAAAGCUGGACCUGGCAGAAGAACCUGCACUUGUAAAGAAGGCUACGCUGGAGAUGGGACCAUAUGCCGGGAAAUCGACCGGUGCCUAGAGAAUAAUGGGGGAUGCCACCAAUAUGCAGAGUGUGUUAAAACAGGCCCAGGUCUGGUUGCCUGUAACUGUCUUCCUAAUUAUUCUGGCGAUGGCAAAUAUUGUGAAUCCUUCGAUCCUUGCAAGGAGAACAAUGGAGGCUGCAGUCCACUAGCUAUCUGCCUGAAAACUUCCACCGGGAAUCGAACCUGCAGGUGUUUGUGGGGCAUUGGAGAUGGCUUUACAUGCAAGAGGACUGUCUGGCAGGCACUCUCUUCAAGUGAAGCUGCAUCGAGGUUCCGUCGCUAUGUAUGGGACCACAGCAUUGUUGAGAUGAUGGGAUCUGGACUCUUCACGGUUUUUGUCCCGCAUGUUGACUACAUACAGAAUAACAACAUAUUUUCAGAAUGGCAAAAGGCAGGCUUCAUCAAAGAUUUGCUUCGUUACCAUAUGGUCAGCUGUCGGCUGCUAGAGUCGGAUGACUUGGAGUCACAAGAUUCCAUCACAGCUUUAUCUGGACACACAAUAAGGGUUUCUGUGAAACAGAACAGUAUCUAUUUAAAUGAUGAAGCAAAGAUCAUUGAAAGUGCUUCCGAAAAGAAUGGUGUCAUACAUUACAUUGACAAGCUAUUAAUCCCAUAUGACCUGCAGAGUCACAGCACUGUGUCCAAUCUAUCAAAGAAAAGCAUCACAGAGGUUGCAGAGGCUUAUGGAUACAAAACUUACAGCAAGCUUCUAAAGGAGGCAGGACUUCUUAACAUGGUUAACAAUACCUUUCACCAACCCUUCACCAUGUUGUGGCCUACAGAUGCGGCAUUUAAUUCCCUUCCUAUGGAUAUGCAAAAAUGGCUGUAUCAUAAAGACCACCGGAGCAAGCUGGCCGCUUAUCUCAAAGGGCACAUGAUCAGGAACAUGCAAGUAUUGGCUUCCAAACUGACAGAGUCCGGUCGUUUAAGGACUUUGCAUGGAUCGACCAUCUCAUUUAGCUGCAGCAAAACAAGAGUUGGGGACAUUCUAGUGGACAGUGGCAAUGCACGGAUCGUAGAGAGGUAUAUUGAAUUUGAUGUGGGCAUUGCUUAUGGGAUCGAUCAUCUGCUGGAACCGUCAGACUUGGGAUCCCGGUGUGAUGAGUUUCAUUCUGUUCAGUCAUUGAAUUCUGUAUGUGGCCGCUGUGGUGUUGAGCCCUCAUGCCCUUAUGGAACAGUUGAAUGGGGGGAAACCCAGCCUUGUCAAUAUACUGACGUUUCGUUUUACAAUGCUCUGUGGCAUCACCACUAUGGAAGGAGUUCGCCAUGGAACAGGAGGAACGUGUUUCUUCCCUUACCAAAGGGAUGUAAGAGAACAUGCUUUGAAACGGAGUGGGUACCCCAGUGCUGUGCAAACCACUAUGGAAAAGAUUGCCUGGUGUGUCCUGGAGGGCUUGAGGCACCAUGCAGUAACCGAGGUACAUGCGAAGAUGGGCUUAGUGGCUCAGGACGGUGCAACUGCAGUGCGGCUUACAUUGGGACCGCUUGUGAGCACUGCAGCCCAGGCCGCUACGGGCCGGAGUGCAACGAGUGCAAUUGUACAGAGAAUGGGAUUUGCAAUGAAGGAUUGCUUGGAGAUGGCUUCUGCUUCUGCAUCGCAGGAUGGACAGGAGAACAUUGUGAAAUCAAACUAGAUGCAAUGCCUCAGUGUUCCCCAGCCUGCCAUGCUAAUGCUGUCUGCCGAGUCAACAAUACCUGUGAAUGCAACCUAGAUUAUGAGGGAGACGGAAGGACGUGCACAGUGAUUGACCAGUGUGGGACCGACAAUGGCGGCUGCAAUGACCACGCCAACUGCACACAGGUUGGAACUGACGUUUUCUGUAGCUGCUUCCCAGACUAUGAGGGCGAUGGCUACAUCUGCACCCCUAUAGACAGGUGUGCCGAUGGAAGGAAUGGAGACUGCAGCGAGCAUGCCACCUGCAUCAGCACAGGCCCCAAUUCUCGGCGUUGUGAGUGCAAAGUCGGUUAUGUUGGAAAUGGAAUCCAGUGCUUCGAGGAAGCCAUCCCACCCACGGACCGGUGCCUGGAAGACAACGGGCAAUGCCACCCUGAUGCCACUUGUACUGACCUGCAUUUCCAUGACAAAACUGCCAGUGUCUUCCACCUGCAGUCUCCUGGGGGAAAGUACACCUUGACUUACCAAGAGGCUGAAGCCAGCUGUGCUGCUGAGGGAGCCACCGUGGCCACUCUUCAGCAGCUCUCUGCUGCACAGAAGAUGGGUUUCCACCGGUGCCUCGUAGGCUGGCUUUAUAACAGGACAGCAGGUUACCCAACUGUGUACCCAAGUAAGAACUGUGGCGUUCACCACGUUGGGAUUGUGAAUUACGGCUUUCGAACGAACUCCAGCGAGAUGUGGGAUGCCUACUGCUACAGAGCUCAAGACGUAGAGUGUCGCUGUGGGCCUGGGUUUAUUGGAGACGGCUAUACGUGCACAGGGAGCCUUUUGGCCGUGCUGGCCCAGCAUGCAAACUUCUCCGCCUACUAUUCUCUGGUACUGGAUUAUGCCAAUGUGACUGAAGAAGGACUGGACUUUUUCAAUUUCCUCUUCAGAGACACUACUUACAAAACCCUUUUUGCGCCCCUGAACUCUGGCUUUGGGGAAAAUACGUCUUUAACCCUGAAUGACCUGAAGCUUCACGUAUCUGUGAGUGAGACAUUCCUCCUGAGCAUCAAUCUCACAUCCGGUACAAUCAUACCUUCCCAAGCAGGGUACAACCUUUCAGUUGCAGAUUCCGGGAAUACCACCCAGCUCCCCGGUUCUAAGGUUAUUAAUAAUACGCGAAUAGUUGAAUGGGAUAUUCUGGCCUCCAAUGGGAUCAUUCAUGCUAUUGAGAGACCUUUGAUGAUACCUCUUCAACAUGGCCAGCUUGAUCAGGUUGUAGAUGCUGUCAAAUCUCCUGCUGCUGCAGCAAUCAGCGUGGGUGCUGUUGUUGCCAUAGUGCUGCUGUGUGUAGCUAUUGCUGGAGCAUCCUACUUUUACCUCAAAAGAAAGAACCAAGGUUUCCAAUUUCGCUAUUUUAAGGCUGAGCUGGAGGAUGAAGAACCUUCCUGGGAUGAGAGGAACCCACACUUGGUGUCCAUCCCCAAUCCCAUUUAUGGAGCAGACACUUCACUGUAUGAGCCGUUUGAGGAGCCCCUUCAUGGAGAAGAUUUUUCAGAUGCUCAUGGAAUUCUUGGACAUUAAAGCAGAUCUAUAUACUACAACAUAAACAGGAAACAUUUUUUCCAGAAGCUUUGCUAUUCAGAAGGAACAGAAUAUGAACUUGAUUGUUACGGACCUCUAAGAUGUCUUGCCUGUCUGUGCAAUGGGAAGAAAAUUAACAAGGGACUUCUGAGUUAAUUAUAAAAGCUUAAAGAUACCUCAGUUCCAUUUGUCCUUUUAAAGACAUGGGCAGGGAAUCAGGACCCAAAGAGCCAUUUGCACUAGCAUGCAUGUGAGAACGUGGCCAAUUUUCUGUUCUGAAUAGGAAGGGAAGGGGCGUGAAAACUCAUGAUGCAUGCAGAGGUUCCUUUGGACCCUGACCAUGAAAGUUCAUACUUAUACUUAGGGAAUAGAAUGACUUAUGAAUGUGUUUGGUCAGCGGAUACUGUGGGAGAUCUUCAGUGGGGUAAUCAAAUCUUAGUUCAGAGAUAGACAGUUGGAUUUUACUAAAACUGCAUUACUGAGCCUUCUGUUGAUACUUUUAAAACUAUUAUUCAAAAGACAGUUUGAAAUAAUACUACUACCUGUAAACUAUAGGCAGAUCAUGGUUUAUAAUCCUACUGAAUUAUAUGCACUGUUUUGAGAACUGCAAAUGUUUGUAAAAGAUAAAGAACAAGCAAGUCUCGUCAACUUUAACUGGGCUUUUGAUUAUGCUGAACUGGUAGGUAAGUAUGCUUAAUUCAACAGGCUGUCCUUCACUAAGGAUACUUCGCACUGAUAAUCUGUAUUCUACUUUAUGAUUAAGCAUUUAUUCUGUGAUUUGUAGUCCUCGUUCCACUCCCAAUAACAAAAGAUUGCAAGGUAUUAAUGGUAAGAGGAAAGUAUUAUUCCAUAGUGAAAUACUUUAUUAUUUUUGUAAAAAUAGUAAAUGGUGUUC